UCAUCUCGUUUUCUAGCUAAAGCAACAAAGGAGACCCUGAAAAUCAAACUUAAUAAUGGUUUUGUUCUUUUGUUUGUCAGGUGGUCGAAGAUUGCAUGCAGUUUGCCAGGAAGAACCGAUAAUGAGAUCAAGAAUCACUGGAACACACGCAUCAAGAAAAAGCUUCUUAAACUGGGAAUCGACCCGGUUACUCAUGAACCUUUGAACAAACAAUCCAAGACUGAAGAAAGUUGUUCCCAUGCUGAAAAUUCUGCGGAUAAUAAUGUCACCAUCUCUUCGGAGGAUAAUUCUUCCACUAAUACUACACCAACUGAGAAUUGCUCGACCAGUGACAACUCCACUUUGUUAGACAGAAUCUGCAACGAUGAAUCUUUGUUGACGAGCUUAUGGCUUGAUGAACCUCCCCUGGUUGAUGCUUCAUGGAACUUUGCCACACCAGCAGCAACAGAAACUUGUAAUAAUGAGACAAGCUCGCCAUCAUUGGAGGAUAGCAUCGCAUGGUUGCUGGAUUGUCAGGAUUUUGGGAUCCAUGACUUUGUGUUAGAUUGCCUAAACGACAAUGAAUUAGACACCAGCAAAACAGUAGCUUGAUCACGUCCCCC